GCUUCACGCCGUCGUCCCUGGCCGGCCGCCGGCGGGCCGAGCAUGGGAAAGACUCCGAGCCGGGUCCCGAAGUCGUCGCGGGCGGCCGCCGCGCCUGGCCCAGAGAAAAGUCAAGUUUGUGUUUGAGAAUUAUACAAGUUACUACACUGGGCCGUCUUCUGGCUGUGACUUGCCAUAUGGCUCCAGAUAACAGACAAGUCAUUUUUGUGCCUUUGAACUGAAUCAGAAUUACCUCUAUCAACUUACAGGCAGCACUGUUCUUAAGUGACCCAGGCAGAUCUGUUCCUUGUUAACUGUAGCUUUCUAGUAGAGGGAACCUAAGAACAUGGCAGCACCAGUUCAUGAACGCAUAAUUGAACCCACUAACAAUGGUCUCAUCUGUCCAUGGAAAGGGAGACUAGUUGUUCAAGGCUGUUUGCUAAGUGACAUAACUCUAUGGCCCACGCGUGGCACGGUCUUUCCGUCACAACUACCACAGGAACUAGAUUUUAAGUAUGUAAUGAAAGUGUCAUCUUUGAAAGAAAGAUUACCAGAAGAUGCCUUUAGAAGACGGAAUUACUUGGAGGAGAAAGUUUAUUGCCAAAAUUUGUGCUUCGAUUUGUAUGAGGUGGAACUGUCAAACAAACAAGGGGAAAAUAUAGAUAAACUAACAGAGUAUAUUAAAAAUAAACAAUUGGCAAUCAUCAAAUGCUUAGAAGACAGGGGGUUUUUCAUUUUGCUUACAUCAUCAGCCUUAAUAGCAGAAUCAGAUUUCGGAGCUGAGCAGAUGGGUCUGCAUGGGUUACAUUUAUUCCAUUCACCUCUGUCGACAGGAGUACAAGACUUGAAAAUUGAAGAUGAUAUUUCUUUGAAGGUGAUACCUAUUUUACCUGCCUUUAAUUGUGCACUUCUAGAAGCAAAAAAAUCACUUUCUGAAGAAAGAACCCCUCCAAACAUGUUAGUCAAGCAUAACUUCCAAGAACUGUAUAAGAUGGACAAAAGCCUUUCAUUGAUGGCUGCUCCUUGGGAUGCAGUAAAAGAAAUUGGACUUGCUAGGAAAUGGUCCACUGGUUCUGACUUGGUUCCCCCACCUGAAAAGUGCUCGUUGGAUUCUCUCAUCCAGCUGAAGGCUUACCUUUCAGACCCUGAUGGUUAUACUUUGGAAGUUGCUACUGUUUUGGAUUCGCUGGUAGAGCAUCCUCUUUCUCCUUGUAUUUCUGAUGGGGUCUGUGAUGCUGGAUUUUCUUUAGUUAUGACUCCAGAUCCUGAGUUCCUUGACUCUGAAGCAGAAGUAGAAACAGAAAAAAGUGCUGAGGACAUGUUGACAGAGGAGAGUGCUGUGGUUGUAGUGAGUCCAGCUUCAGCCCUGAGAGCUCAGCCAAAGAGAAAGGCCAGCCCUCCAGCAGGGGUAAACCUGUGUCGCCCGCUGCCUGAAAGAGCUGUACCCUGGACAGACAAUGAAUUGCACACUUCAACAACUCUUAAGUUAGCGAAAGGACAGUUUUCUCCGAAGAGAAAAAGAGGUGCCGAAGUACUGACUGCCCAGUUUGUACAGAAGACCAAACCGGUCAGGAAGAACCCAGAUCCUCCUUACUCGAAUUCAAAAGAUGUUCCUGUGAAAACAAACACUAAAAGAGCACGGAAGCAAGAGAAAGCUCAAGUCAUCCCAAAGGCCAAGCCCCCUGUGAAGAAGAAACGGAAGGGGACUGUGCUCCGAGGCCACCAGAAGCCCAGACACAGAAAGCAGCCGCAGUCUGCUGAGAGAGAAACUACUUUAUAUCUUCAAUCAGAAAUUUCAUCAGAUGGUCCAAAAGAUGGAAUUAACAUAUGUAUAGCUCAAUCAGAAAGAAUUGGAGUGGCUCCAAAAGAUCUUCCAGAAAACUCUGUUAUCAGUUUUGACUCCCAAGCCUUAAAUAUGCUGGCUGAUCUGGCAUUAAGCUCUGCUGCUGUUUGCACACCAUCAUGUGAGCCUAAGGCCCUUCCCAUCUGUGAGCUGCCACAGAGUACUGUUUUACCUUCUAAAGAAAAUUCAUUGCAUAGUACCUCUGACCAUGAAUAUCAUAGGGGAGUUAAAAGCCAAAAAAGUAUUCCACAACCUAAACCACCUUCUGAUAGGAAGAGUAAUUCAGAGUCUGACUUCGCUGUGAGCCAAGAAGGAAAGCUGCUUCCUGGAAGUCAGCCUCCUGCUCAAGCCCAGUUAGUACUCUCUGAAGAAGCUCAGGAACCCUCAGACACCGGCCAAAGCUCUGUGGCCGUGGAACACUCCUAUGCUUUGCUCCUUGCAGAGCAGUCAAAGAAGCAUCUACAUCAGAGAAGGUUACCAAGCCCUGCUUUUGCCAAGAAUGGGACAAAAGGUCCUGAAGCUGGAACUCCCGUAGGAAAAGUCAUGCCGUUCCGGCAUCUGCAGAACACAUCUCCUCUACAGAAGCUUCCUGAGGAUUCGUUAAUCAAGCGGAAAAGUCGAUGUGUAUCUUCCAACCUAAAAGACUUCUUUUGCUCUCAUACAGUGCUUAACUCUGAUGGCUCCCUUAAGGUCACUUUCAAAUGUGAAGCAGGAUAUGCAUUCAGCUUAGAUAGCAAAUAUACCAGUAACCCACUGGAGAAAACUGUUGUAAGAGCAUUACAUGGGCCUUGGAACAUGAAUUUGCCUGAAAAUAUGGAAGAAGUGAAGCUUUUACUUCAUAUGUGGGUAGCUCUAUUUUACAGCAAAAAGAACAGAGUCAUGGGAUCACCUCGCAAAGUGGUAGAACAUAGAAACCCAGCGAAAUAUGUGUGUAUAAAUAGGAGCUUAGAGUCUAUUGACCUCAGUGAAAUUGAAGAGCUUUCCGGUGUUGAAAGAUGUCCUGUGGACCCUUUAUUGGAGACUAACACAAUGUCUAAUGGUCGUGCUGCUGAAGUACCCUUUCCUGGACCUGACUGCAUGCUUCCUUUCAUUAAACCACCAACAACCAGAGACUUGGAACUCUGUGUCCAGAAUGAACAAAAAGAACUUUUUGCUGGACACUGCCAUCUGGAUGCCUCAGAAAGCCAGAGUUUCAUCUAUUCUGGUGAUAAUGAGGUAUUUGGAAGAAAAUCUAAACAAGAUUUAUCAGAUAAACUAGAGGCUUCUAAUGUUGUGCCUUCUGGUAUAGCAAGUACCCAAACUAAUGGAUCUUGUAUUCCUAGUGAAGACAAAAGCUUUCAGUCAGGUGACGGCACAGGAAUGGUUUCCUGUGAUGACACUGUCACACAAACCACAUUCACCACAGCUUACGAUGGCACUAGCAGUCAGUCAGUGAUGUGCCCAAAAUCUGUGUUCAGCACCCUUGAAAACAAACUUGAUAUUUUUCAUCCAACAAUGCAGACAAAAACCGGUGUUGUACAAGACUUUGUCCAGCAUAGCAGUCCCAUGAAUAAUGGAUGUCUGCCUUCCCCGGAAAGGAUGGGUGAUAAUUCUGAGUAUAUGGUGAUUAAUCUGGAACCAGUUACUCUUGCUUUUGGUAAAAAUGCCUGUUCAGAAGUAAGCAUAGCUGAUAGAUCCACAGACUUUCAUACCGAGGUGGUUAAGCAAGUAUUACCAGCUGUGAAUGUUCAGCAUCCUGUGCCCACGUUGGAAAAGGUGCAGACACUAGAUCUUACAGACAGUCCAUUUCUAUUGUCAGGACAGGAGGAUGCUAAGUACCUUCCUGCCUCUUCAGUGAACAAGGACGCACGGGAGGAUCUGUAUCCAGUUCAGAGAGAGACGCCUCUUUCAGUCUCGUCACAACCAGAUGAAAGCGCAUCAGUGAUGGAUGCAGUACCGUUAGCCAAACGCCCUCGUUACUCGCCAGCCAGUGAAGAAAUGAAAUGUCCUCAAGAUGCUCUUCUACAGACUGCAAACCUCUUCAGCACACCCUCAGAAGAGGGGACAGAGCCAUCACGGGGUGCUGUAACCUCUCCUACCCUGGGAAAAAAGUGUUCCCUUGACUGUAUUGCUCCAAGAAGUGAUACCUCAGAUGGCUUUUUAGAACUCAGGAAUGGUGACCAGAGUAGUCCAAACCAUAAAAGGAUUUUGCAGUCAUUUAAUUUGCUAUUGUCCAACCAAACCAAUCUAUCUGUGAAUGAGGAGUUGUCACGGGAAGAUUCUGAUACUGACCUAAGAUUAACAGUAUUACCACCUGCAAGUCCCAGGGAGGCCAUGCCAGCUGGUGAAAUGGAACAAGUACAAGUGGCAGCAUCAAGUUUAGGACUUAUAGAAGGACUUGAGAAAGUGGUUGAGCUAGAAGAGGAGGCGACCCUCAUUAAGAAAAGAGAACUGAUGCCAGCUAGUUACAUGUCAUUGUGGCCUCUGGUGUCUGGAGAACCAUUAGGAAAUGAGAGAAAAGGAGAUACUCUAAAACCAGUUACAGUAAUGCUUUCUAAAGAACAUUGUACACUUGAGAUGGGGGAGGAAAUUAAUAUGACUUCCAGCUUUCCCUUUGAUUCUCUCAUUGAGGUGUCACCCCCUUCCAGCCCUGAUCCUCAAGUACCUACUGAGGAAACACAUUCAUCUCAGGCUGUGUCUCCAUGUAGCUUAAAACACCAUGGUAUAUAUGGUGAGAAAAGUAACAAAUUAUCCCAAAUUGGGUCAGUAGAGUUAGGCAUGCCAGAAAAAGAAAAUUCUUAUGUUAGUCCUGCUCAUCCAUUGGAACAAGCGAAGUUCACUCCAGGACAGCACAGCCACCUGUCUGCUGAAGUGCCUUUGGUAUUAACUGGUUGUCCAGCUGCUCCUGAUCCAGCAACCGAGCAAGUGGUCCCAAGUGAGCAUGGUGAGGGGACAUUUUCCUCGAGAAAGGUGCAGGGUGAUGGUGCAGAGUUAAACAAGCCUACCUCACUUGCCAAAUACAGAAGUGAUCCUCUUGAAAAACUAGUAAAACCAGGAAAUUCAUUGCAACUGGUUAGUGUAGAGGACUCGAAUUUGGGCUUGAAACAUUUUGUCUCAGAGUCUAAUGUACCUCCAUUUAGUCCUAGAAAAAUUGUUGAAAAUAAGCCUUUGGCUGACAUGUUGCCUCCUACAAGUGCUGUAAGUGGAGUUGUGAAUGUGUCAUUAAAACAGAAGACUAGCCCUGAAAACAAGAGAGCAGUUCACAACAGCCAUUUAAAAACACAUGUUGACAGUUACACGCAGGCUGAAUCUGUGAACUCUGCUUCCAUUGAUGGAGCUGAUGUUACACAGGUGUACAUGUACCCAGAGAUCCCAGAGCUUGCCUCUCCCUCAGAUAGUGCCACAUGUACCCACGGUACCAGAUCAGUACGUAGAGAGCCAGAGUUUCAAACACGGGAAAUACCAGUAGUCAGAAUGGCCAGUUUGCUUACAAAUAAUGAAGCUGAAGCCGAGUUGUGUGAAGACCGCACAGGCCUCAGGGCUGCUGGCCUUCACUCUCAUGCCACAUCUAUAGAAGGUGAGCAGAAACUCGCCCACAUGCUGCAGGGCACAACAGCAUGUGAGAGGAGAGAGCUUUUGAAUGACAGUGGCUUACCCACGUGUGUGGUUUCUUACCAGCAUACAGCCAACUCUGGUAAGAGCACCAGCAAAACCCCACAUGCUUCCCUUAUCCCAGAGUCCUUUGACACCGUUACUUGUGGGAUCUCUAAAGAUGACGCUCCUGUUGAAAGCAUUAGUGAGGGGCACAUAGCCAAGGCAAAUUCAGAAGCCCUGAGUAGAGAUGCAGAGAAGAAUAUUACUGCAGACAUAUACUAUGAACCCCUUUCUGGAAGCUCUGAUCAGGAUGCUGUUGAUUGUGCAAACCCCAAAGUCGACAUGGAAAAAUCAUAUAGUUUGAGUAGUCUUGCCAGCAACAAAGACAAAAUAAGAGAUCAUUAUGACCUUUGUAUGAACUUAAAGAAUAGUAAUGAUGGUUCAGCCUACUCUAACAAACUUGAAGAGUUGGAGAUACAUACUUCACCCAAGAACUGGACUAUUGGCCCGUAUUCUGUCUUAAAGAAAGAUAAGUAUGUGCCAGGUUAUGUCCAAAUCCCAGAUCCCCAUGGUAUCCUCAGGACUUAUGCUAAUUUUACUAUAACAAAAGAGUUCAAGGAUACAAGGAGAACUUUGCAUGGCCUGAAGAGACGCCGGAGUCUGCCUGCAAAAUGCAGCCUGCUCAGCUCCUGGACAAGCACUUGGCAGGUGGCAGAUGAUGCCACCCAGAAUACUUUAGAUCUGGAGUGUCUGCGCUUUUCACAUAAGCUCAAGCGGGUAUUAAAGAAAGGGGAUUCUCAACAGUCUGCCCCUUUCACCAUCUCACCUAAGGAGUUACCUACUCAAGUGGAAGUGGAAACGUGCCCUGCAAUGGGAAUGUUUGAGGCCCCAGAUCUGCGUCCUGCAUCUAAGAGCAGAAGUCCCAUCCUGGUAACAGUUGUCCACUCGGGCACACAACAGCGCAGUCAGCACGGCAGAGGCCACUUGCCCAGCAGUCUGGACAGCCCCUCCUCUUGGAAGGAGAAAUGUACUUCCAGUAGAAAUCUUAAGAAUUCUGAAAGAAAUUCAUUCCACCUUAACAAACUGAAAUACAACAGUAUUGCAAAAGAAUCUCGAAAUGACAUUUCACUUAUUCUCAGUGAAUAUGCGGAGUUUAAUAAGGUGAUGAUGAACAACAGCCAAGAAAGAGAGUUAAGUACAGCUUCUAGAGAAGCCGCCUCUCAGGGGCUGAGCCCUUCUCUCCCGAGACAGACACCAUCCUACAAAGACAUCAUCACCGAUCUGUGUGACACUCUGCAUGUCAAACUAAAAGGUGUUCUGAGGGAGGCUUGUAAGAGUCCUUUCUGGUUCUACCUUGUUGAAACAGAAGAUAAACCAUUCCUUUUAAGAACAAAGAACAUUCUGAGGAAAGGAGGUCAUACAGAAAUUGAACCUCUACAUUUCUGCCAAGCUCAUCACAGAGAGAAUGAUACAUUAAUAGUUAUCAUCAAAAAUGAAGACAUAUCAUCAUAUUUGCAUCAAAUUCCUUCUCUGCUGAAGCUAAAGCGUCUCCCCAGUGUUGUGUUUGCUGGAGUGGACGGCCCUGAAGACAUUCUUAAUGACAGUUAUGAAGAGCUGCUGCACUCAGGAGGUUUUGUGGUUUCAGAUGAUAAGCUAUUAGAAACUUUAACAUUAGUUCAACUGAAGGAAAUUGUCAAAACCUUGGAAAAACUAAAUGAAAAUGGAAGAUGGAAGUGGUUGCUUCACUACAGAGAAAAUAAAAAGCUAAAGGAAGAUGUGAGAGUGGAUUCAACUGCACAGAAGAAGCACUUGAUCCUGAAGUCAUACCAGAGUGCAGAUAUCAUUGAAUUGCUUCACUAUCACCACUGUGACUCUCUGUUGCCAAAAAAAGCAGGAAUUUUGAAAUGCUUGUUAAAGCUGCAAAUCCAGCAUACCAGUACCAGGUUUGCUGUCUUCCUAACAGAUAAGCCGGCUGUGUCCACUGAAGUCUUUGAAAGUAAUGGAAUCCUUGUUACAGAUGUAAAUUACUUUAUUGAAAAUAUGCAAAAGGUAGCCUCUCCAUUUCGGAGGAGCUAUUGGUGAUGCACCUGCAUUUUGGAGUUACAGCGUAGAUAGACCUGGAGGACGCUAACAACAAAUGAGUAUUUCCUCUUGUUUUUAGAAACUCUAAAUACACAUGAACAAUACUCUCUUGAAAAAUCAAUGUUUUAUUUUUUUGUAUUUUGCUAGUGACACAGUUGCCAUUAGCUUUGGGUUGAAAUGUUGUGUACUGUUAUAAAUUAUUUCAUUCUGAA